GCAUACUUUUACAUAUUCUUUACGCAAAUACGUAUUUAUAGUAUUAGAAUCAGUAUUAAGUCAUAUACGGGUAUUUACAUAAAAGCCGAGUCUAGGUCCCGUAUAAUUAUUUCUUAUUCUAAACAAAAUGGCUUUGACAUCAGAUCCAUGGAUUCUUUCUGUUCUGACCGGUUUACAUCGGCGUUACGGUUGUCCCAGGCCACGCGCCCAACUCAUCCACAUCUACCCGAACUCAGACGUGAGCGCCAAUUCAACCCUGAAGAUGUCAGAGUCGAGCUGUGAGCCUGUACUCGUUCUCUUGUCCGACAAGAAGCACACCGUGAAAGCAAUAAUAACAGAGGAGGGGAUGAAAAGUGUGGGCACGAGUCUAGAUGUGAAGAAAUCGUCGCUACUUGGAGGUGUGGUGAUGCUAUUGAAGUAUAGAGUUUAUGCCAAUUUGACGGUGGAGAGUGAGUUGGAGCGAGAAAUGAUUUUGAUUAUUGACGAAUUGCGCUACUUGACAGGAGAAUGCAAGAGAGUGGAGUCACGUGAUCUAGUGGCUAGUUGGACUGUCGAGGAAGUGAGGCAAAGAUUGGCUGGUAUGGUGGGUAUGGGUGGGGAGAGUGAGACGAGCAUGUUGAAAACGCCCGGUGAGAUGACUCAGUUGCUGCUUCAUUGUGAUAGCACAAUGCAGAGUGAAGAUGUCUGUGAGACGGAUGGAAUGUUUGCUAGUGUGUCGGCUUUGAGAAGAAUUGUUGAUCAGGUGAGGGAGAGUGGUGGUUGUCAUGGCGAUGAGGAUCCCGACAUUGCGACUUCGCAAGCGAUCGACUUCAUCCCUGACAAUCAGGAGCAGGAAAUUAAUACGAUACUUAAACAGCUACUAGAACAGUCUGGAGGAGACGACAAACGUGGAGACAGACAAAUGACAGAUAAGGAGAACGAUAUAGAAACACCCCAUCGUGAAUGUGAGACGUGCUAUGAAGCGACCGGUCUUGACCAAACAGAAAGACUCACAGAAGACAAAGAAAAUGGAAGAGAAGGCACCAGAGAGAAGGAGAACUGCGAAGAAGAUACAUCUUUUCUAAUGUGUGACGAGCCUCUACCGGCACGUAUUCUACCCAGUCAACUUGUAGACAAUUUUUCCAAGAACGAGGAGAUUCUAGAGGUCGUUCCGGUCACAACCGAUUACCAAUAA